GCCGCCGCACGCCUCUGCCGCAGCCCCAUCCCUGCGUCAGUGCGGCAGCCGCGUGGCCGGGAUCCUGCAGGCACCACCGCGCCCUGGGUGCAGGGAAGGAGGGCGCCGACCCAGAGCUCGCUUUGAGGGGGUGACCUGCUUAGGGUGUGUGGGUGAGCUCUCCCCCGGGUCGUUGGGCUAUGGCUGGACCCGCUGGCGUUAGACUCCGGGUGGCUCUUUGAGUUUCAACUUGUGCUUGGCGCCCAGAGAUUUAGUUUCUUAAUGAUGGAAAUCUCAAAAACUGUUCGGGACCUAAAGACUACUGUGAUGGGCAGACGUGAUCCCUUUUCACCAAUGAGAGCCAAGGAAGAAAAAAGAUGGAGGACAUAAAAGGGCGGUGCUUUCUAGUAUAGCCCGGGCGUUGCAAUCAGUCAUUCCCAGGCUUAAAUCCAAGCUUUCCUGCUUACUGUGUGAUCUUGAGUAGGUUCCUUAGCCUCUCUGAGCUUCCGGGCCAUGUCCUCUUUAAGAAGUCUUUCAACUCUAAACUCAGGCUCCCCCACCGCAUCCCCCUAGCCCUCACAGCACAUGGCCUGAUUCCUUGCAUCACUUAGUGCUAAUAUUAUUAAACAGUUUUUACUCGGUGCCCUGUCUUUCUGCUUCAGAAGCCCCAAAGUCCAGGAAGAUUGGGACCUUCGCUAAAGUAAGACUGUAGCUGUAGCGCUGACACACGUUAAACAUGCAGCCAUUUGUUAUAGCGAAGGGAUGCGUACCAGAUGCCGCAUAAAAGGUGGAAAAACACCAGAAAUGACGAACCACCAUUCCUAUCUUCAGGGAGGUCCCAGACUGGAUAGGGAGGGGAAUGAAACUGGCUGUGCAAAGAAGAUGUUCCUAAGUGUGUGCUAACAGGGGUUAAACAGCCCUGGAGAUAAACACUAAAGGGGGAGCAGCCAGAAAGACAGAGGUGAGUGACACCCGGUCCCUAGAGUGCUGGGAUAAUGGAUCUCAUUUCCACCACAAUGUACAAAGUAUUUAGUUUGCAUGAAGUGAAGACUGACGGAGGUUUUUAUCCUAAGGAGGUGGGGGAAUUGAUGAAGACUUCACUGACUUGUUCAAGCAAGCCCUCCUCCCCUUUUUGAGGCGGGGAGCUGCGCUGAAGACGGAGCCCCAAAGCCUUGUGUGUGCUCUGAUGACCACUGAGCUAAAUCCUCAGCUUCAUGGACUCGGCUAUUGAUGCGCACCACUUUGGGUUUAGGUCCAAAUAAACUGGUGAUUUUAGGUCAACAAGCAGCUACCAGUGAAAGACAGUGACUGUUUACAAGACAGAAGACAGUGGGGAGGGCAACCAUAAGUCCCCACAGAAAGCUCCCAUUACCUAAAUGACUGAUAAUGGUCUUCAGUUGCCAAAGAAGGUUGUGGAUGCCAAGAGAAGGGUAACCAGUUUCUCCAGUGCAGUUGGAUGCCUCUAGCAGCCCAUCUUGAUUGGCUGUAGACAUGGCAGAAUUCACUAACUACAAGGAUGCAGCCUCCAACCGCCACCUCCGGUUUAAGUUACAGAGCCUGGGCCGCCGCCUCGAUGAGUUAGAGGAAGCCACAAAGAACCUCCAGAAAGCUGAGGAUGAGCUCCUGGACCUCCAGGACAAGGUGAUCCAGGCAGAGGGCAGCAACUCCAGCAUGCUGGCUGAGAUAGAGGUGCUACGCCAGCGGGUACUGAAGAUUGAAGGUAAAGAUGAGGAAAUUAAGAGAGCAGAGGACCUAUGUCAUAUGAUGAAGGAGAAACUUGAAGAGGAAGAAAACCUUACCCGAGAGCUGAAAUCUGAAAUUGAUCGGCUUCAGAAACGGAUGGCUGAUUUAGAGAAGCUAGAGGAGGCUUUGAGCAGGAGUAAGAAUGAAUGUUCCCAGCUUUGUUUGAGCCUCAAUGAAGAGAGAAAUCUGACCAAGAAAAUCUCUUCUGAGUUGGAGAUGCUCAGAGUUAAAGUGAAAGAACUGGAAUCUUCAGAGGACCGCUUGGAUAAAACUGAGCAGAAUUUAGUGUCAGAAUUAGAAAAGCUAAAAUCAUUAACCCUGAGCUUUGUAAAUGAGAGAAAAUACUUAAAUGAAAAGGAAAAAGAGAAUGAGAAAUUAAUAAAAGAGCUUACUCAAAAGCUGGAGCAGAACAAGAAAAUGAACCGAGAUCACAUGAGAAACGCUUCUACUUUUCUGGAAAGGAAUGACCUACGGAUAGAGGAUGGCAUUUCCUCUACACUAUCAUCCAAAGAGUCAAGAAGGAAGGGCAGUCUGGAUUACCUAAAGCAGGUAGAGAAUGAAACCAGAGACAAAUCAGAAAAUGAAAAGAACCGGAAUCAGGAAGACAACAAAGUGAAAGACCUUAACCAAGAGAUUGAGAAACUUAAGACACAAAUCAAACAUUUUGAAUCUUUGGAAGAGGAGCUUAAGAAAAUGAGGGCUAAAAACAAUGACCUUCAGGAUAAUUACCUAACUGAAGUGAAUAAAAACAGAAGCCUAGCCAGCCAGCUAGAGGAGAUAAAGCUGCAAGUCAAGAAACAAAAAGAGCUGGGAAACGGGGACAUUGAAGGGGAAGAUGCUUUCCUUCUGGGCAGAGGCAGGCACGAGAGGACUAAGCUCAAAGGCCAUGGGGGUGAGGCCUCUGUGUGCAAGCAUACAUCCCGGGAGCUGUCUCCUCAGCAUAAGCGGGAAAGGUUCCGCAACAGGGAGUUAGCUCUCAAUAACGAGCACUAUUCUCUAAGCAGCAAACAGACUUCUUCGCCCAUCUUCACAAACAAAAGGGCAGCAAAAGCCUCCAACAUGGGAGUGGGUGCAGACAGUGGGACUCAGGAGACAAAGAGAACUGAAGACCGAUUUGCACCUGGGUCCUCUCAGAGUGAAGGGAAGAAGGGUAGGGAGCAGCCGUCAGUGCUCAGCCGUUAUCCCCCUGCUGCGCAGGAGCACACUAAAGCUUGGAAGGGAGCUCCCAAGCCAGGCGCGGAGAGUGGGCUUAAGGGGAAAGUAGAGAAGACAACUCGGACAUUUAGUGACUCCACUCAUGGAUCUGUGCUCAACGAUACAGUGGGGAGGGGCGACAAGACUUCUGACCACUCUGAGGCACACUGUGGGAAGAGAGCACAGGUACCUGGCCACGCUAAUCAGGUAACACAGGCUGCAGAGCUGGGCUGCUCCAAGGCCGUCGGAGCUCUCUCCUCAUCUCAAAGAGCCCCCUCAGAAGGACUUUCUAAGGGCAAAAAGGCUGCUAAUGGCCUAGAGGCUGAUGCCAAUUUUUCAAAUUCUAAAGCUCCUAUUUUGUCAAAAUAUCCUUAUAGUUCAAGAAGCCAAGAAAAUAUCCUUCAGGGCUUUUCAUUGCCAAAUAGAGAAGGAGUUGAUCAGUCUGUAGCAGUUGUGAUGGAAGACAGCAGUCAGCAUGAAGCCCUGAGGUGCCGUGUCAUCAAAGCCAGUGGCAGAGAGAAGCCAGACUCAGAUGAUGACCUGGACAUAGAGUCUCUUGUUACUGCCAAGUUGGUGAAUACAACUAUCACUCCAGAGCCAGAGUCCAAACUACAGCCAAACUCAAGAGAAAAGGUUAAGUCCCGAGGGGGAACUAGAACUGCCUUAUUUGAAAAUGAUAAAAAUGCUGCAAUAGAAAAUGACUCUGUGAAACCUAUCAGACCUUCCUCCAAUGCUAUAGAAUUCCCAGAUGCUAACUGUGCUGGGGUGAAAAACCAAAGGCCCUUCAGCCCUAGAGAGGCCCUGCGGUCUAGAGCAAUUAUAAAACCCGUUAUCAUUGAUAAGGAUGUGAAAAAAAUCAUGGGUGGAUCUGGAACUGAAGUUGUAUUGGAGAAGCAGAAAUCCACCUCUAAACCUGUGACAAGCAAAGUGACAAGCAGUAUUACCAUCUACCCCUCUGACAGCAGUGGACCUAGAGCCGUCCCAGGGGAGGCCCCAAGGGAGAGGCAUACAUCUACCAGCAACAUCCAGGUGGGGCCCCCAGAGCUCACAGCAGUAGGCAACCAUGUCAACUCCCCUCUCGAGCUCUCUAUUCAUAAACAUGACAUCACCUUGCAGCUCCCAGAAGCUGAAAGGGCGGGAGAUGGGUCUCCAAAGAAUAGAGCAGAGACGCUGGUCUCUCGGAGCAGCAUUCUAAUCAAGCCAUCAGAUUCUGUGGAGAAGAAUAGUCAUGUGCCCCCAGCCGAGACAAUCAGGUGGAAAAGUCAUAGUGCCUCCUCAGAGGUGGCCUCUUCAGACACCAGACACAUCACUGUACGGAAUGCCUGGAAGAGUAAGAGAGACUUGAAAUGUUCAGAAGACCCCCCAACUCGAAUAGGUAGAAACAUGGAAGCUACUAAUGCCUAUACACAGAGGUCUUCCACAGACUUCUUAGAACUUGAACAGCCCAGGUCACACCUGUCUGAACAGGGUACUCGAAAGGUAGGGAAUUCAGGGGAUGCUCCUGAGCUCUCCUCAAGACGGACCCAAAGUAGCCUCACUGCAUCAGAGGUACUCAUCCGCAGGAAUCGGAUGGGAGAUGCUGUCACUGCUGCCUCCUGGAACCACUCAUCAAGCUUGGAGGAAGGGGAGGACGGCACAUUUGUUAUCAGCAGGCGAAUACACAACCCGCUGGAGCCUUCUGAACUGCCUGGGAAGCAGGGCCUGCCCGAGCCUGAGCGAGUGUGGACUGAGGAGCAGCUCCACCCAGCAAAGCCUUAUGCUGAGGAAGACUGAGCCAGCUAGGUGAAGUCUGCUGCUGCUUCUCUCCUCUUGCUUCUCAGCUCCUCCCCAAUCCCUGGUCUGUGAAGGACCCAGGGCCUUAACCAGGCUAGACACAACGGCCUCGGCUGGGAGACUUGUAGAGAGCCAGGCUAUGGCUCAGGUAAUUUUUGCCAGUUGUCCAGACAGAUGAGAGACUACAAAUCAGUCACUCAGGCCCAGUUUCCCCUGAUGCAUGAGUAGUUCUCUCUCUUAUCUCUGUCCCCAAGGUAGCAUGAACCUUUCUCUGAUCCCCAAAUGGGAAUUUACAGAAACCCACUACCAUAUAGAGGUAGCCAAAAGCUCUCACCUCUGCUCCAUGGUGAGCAGUCUGUAUAUCAAAGCCAGCCCCUUUUGCUCUUUGAUGCCCUGCUUUGUCCCUCACUGUAUCCAGUCGGCUCUUUGUUUGCCCUAAGGACAUCCCCACCCCACCAAGAACACAUGAAGAAUUAUCAGCUAUCAUUCCCAUCCUAAGAGGCUUACAUUCCUUUGUCUUUGAGUUCGUGAGAAUUUGGAACCAAAUAAGGGUCUGCUGCCCCUAAGUAAUCCUGGGGCCAUCCUUAUGUUGAAGCUCCCCUGACCUGACUUUUGGAUAACCAGUUUCUUGGGGGCAAAGCAGGAUACCAAACGGAAUGACAUCAUCCUCUGACGCCAGCUUUCAGCUCACCUUCCAAAGGCAUCAGAAACAGAUCUUGUACAUCUCCUUUCCUGGGUACCAACACUGCUGCUGGCAUCACCUUUGCUCUCUGGGGGCUGGAAACUUCAGCCGACUUCACCAUUCUCCUCUUGGGAAAUCCCUACACUGAGCCCACGGACCUGGCACACUGCCUUUUAGGAAGUGCCCAGCAAAUGGGAAAGCAAAAAGAAUUCCUUUAGUCACUCCACAAGCAAUAGCUCCAUUAAAGGCAUGGACAGACUGCUCCCUCCUGCUCCUCCAUCCCCUGUGGAGGAGGCCUUGCACUUUACCAUGCUGACUGCUGAUGCAAAAGCAAGCCCUUGGUGUCUACGAGUAGACCAUUUCAGAGAUUUCAUUGGAGGAAAGCCAAUACCUGCCUGUUGAGGGCCUCAGAUUUAUGCAGUUGAAAGUGCAUUAAGCCUUUUAGGAAGGCAGAUAGACUUUUAUCUCCUUACACUGACCAAGUGGGAAAGGUGAGAACUGCUUGUCACUGAAUUUUCUGAAGCAUUGUUUCAAUCCAAAGGGACCCUCCUUGGCUACCUUUGUGAAGUAGAUGUCAUUGCCUUAUCACUAGACGAGGAAUUUGGAAAGCCACUUUCCCCCAUCCCUCCUGGCUUUGUCACUCCUUGCUGUGAUCUUUGGCAAGCCUUGAAGCCUCAGUUUUCUGUCUUUAAAAUGAGUUCUUUGUUGGUUCGUUUGUUGCGUGCAUGUGUACCCAUGUGUCUGUCACCUGCAGAUGCAUGCUGGGGAUUGAACAUAGGACCUGGUGUGCUAGGCAAGUGUCCUGCCACUGCUGCUUCCCAGCUCAAAAUGAGUUCUACGGAGUGGAUGACCUCUAAGGCCUUAACUUUGGUGUUCUACACUUGUUUCACCCAUCAGUGUGAGCUGACUCUUGGUUUUGGAAGGUGAUGUCCACGAGUCUGGGGAACAUUUCUUUCUGCCUUCAGUUGUCUUCUGGGUCUUCUUUCUCUUUUCCUCAUGUUUCUGUCAUGGGGAUGAGUAAGGCCUGUUUUCAGUCAUGAGGUAAAGGGAUUGGAUUGGGUGGUCUCAGGUUUAUGUGGCACUUUCCCAGUGCCACAUUUCCUGGCUUUCAAGCUAGGUGCUUUUUAUAACGUAAGUCUGUUUGAUUCCUGUUCCUGUGCCUUUCCUGUGAAUUUCCUGGCCACAGGGAAGACACAGGGCAUCCUCAGGAGGACUGAGUAGUCUCCCUUCACCCUUUUCUUAGCACACACACACUGGCACUUAUCUGCCCUUGUCUGCAUCAGACUCAGCCAUCCUGCCAGGGUGUGGGGAGAUCUACCAGGUUUUGUUUGUUUGCUCCCCCAACCCCCCAAGAGACAGGACUGACUAGCACUUCUGUUUUAAUGGAGUGUCGAUAACCUGAGGGCAUUGCCAGGUGUCUUGCCUCCAAAUCCCAACUUGAUAUACAACUAAGAAAGUGUUUUCAUGAUCUGUUCCUGCUGCUGCUUUUGGGUUAAUGGCCAGAAACUCCUUAAUUCAAGGCUGCAACCUCCCACUUGCAGUGCCCUCUGACACUUUCCUGUACCAGCUGGCAGCCCUGAGAGUUAAAAGGAAACAGACCCCUGUGGUGGUGGUUCACCGAAGAGUAUAGGAAAUUAAGUCUGUGGCUCUUCUCUACUGAUAAAAAUAGAGGGGCACCAAGCCCUGCCUCAAAAGAUCUCAAUAAUUUUUGUCUUUGGGUGUUGAGCCUUGGAUUCUGGUGCUGUAGCUCCUGGUGCCAAAGUCUGGAUCUUUCCACAUUUUAGCAGCACCAACACCUGCUGCUAUUUGAAAUGUUCUGUGGAAAAUGAACAGCUGUGGGCUGCCAUUUUGGAAAUCUGAGUGCAAUAGCAUUUGAUUGUAACAAUUAUUUCAGGAUAUUUUGUUUCUUUAGUCUGCACACUUUGUAUUUCUGCCAUAAAGUAGAUUUUAUUUUUAAAUAUCUUCAGCAUUGCAAACAUUUAUACUAAGCAAAUGGAGGCUAGAGGGUUCAAGUUCCCCUGGGCUUCAUUCAUAUGAAUGGCUAGACUGGCUUCUAAUUCCAAGGUUGAAAGGCACAUCACUUCUGAAAACAACAAGAUGUAACCUUUGGGCCCAAGCCAGAAGCUGCAGGAAGCCUCCACAUAGGAGACUGGUAGUCAAACCAUUGUCUAAUCAAGCCAAAU